UAUAUGAUGGAUAUAUAUUUUGUGUAAUAUAUAUAGAUAUACAAUAUGGAAGGAUAUAUAAAUACAUAUAUGUGUAUAUGUCUUUUACAGGAAUAAGACAUGUCAAAAAUUGUGUGAUGGCCGGGUUAAAGGAUACUAAAGGUCAGUUACCAUUUGAAGAAAAAUGGCCCUCAAUGCGGCCAAUAAUAUUAAAAUUACUGAAACAAGAGCCAGUAACUCAAGGAGAAUGGCAGGAUUUAUUUUAUUCAAUUUAUACGGUUUGUCUUUGGGACGAAAAAGGCCCGCACAAAUUACGAGACGCUUUAAAAGAAGAUAUUAUGGAUUUUAUAAAACAAGCGCAACAACGAGUAUUAGCACAUCAGGAAGAGCAAGCGUUACUGAAAGCAUACAUCCAGGAAUGGAGAAAAUUUUUUACCCAGUGUAAUUAUUUACCUACACCUUUCCGUCAACUAGAAUCGUCAUUGGCUGGUAAAACUAGCAGUGGUUCUGGUGUACAGAAAAAAAAUCAAUCUGAAGAAAGUCUGGUCAGAAAAAUGAUGUUAGACAGUUGGAAUCAAAGUAUAUUCAAUGACAUAAAACAGAGACUACAAGACUCGGCAAUGAAACUAGUGAGAGCUGAAAGAAACGGCGAGGCAUUCGAUUCUCAAUUAGUAAUAGGAGUACGUGAAUCGUACGUCAAUCUCUGCUCUAAUCCCAACGACAAGCUGCAAAUUUAUCGCGAGAAUUUUGAGGCCGCGUACAUCGAAACUACUGAGUCGUUUUACUGGGUGAAAGCACCGGAACAGCUGCACGCACAUGGAGUUGAACACUACAUGCGUUAUGCUGAGGCUAAAUUACGUGAAGAAGAGUUACGGGCACAAAAAUAUUUAGAGCCUAAUAGCUCAAGUGUACAAUUGUUGACAGAUUGCUGUGUUAAAGUACUCGUAGCGACUUUCAAAGCUGCUAUUUUAGGAGAAUGUCCGCGUAUGAUUCGCACUCAUCAAACAGAAAAGUUACGUUUGAUGUUGAAAUUAAUGGACAGAGUACCAGAUGGGGUCGGGCCGAUGUUAAAAGACCUGGAAGAUCAUAUUUCUAGUGCAGGACUCGCGGAUAUGAUGGCUGCCGUCGAUGUAAUAACUCAGGAUUCAGAGAAAUAUGUCGAGAGAUUGUUGGAACAGUUCCGUAAAUUUUCAAAACUAGUUAAAGAAGCGUUCGAUGACGAUCCUCGUUUUCUGACAGCUAGAGAUAAAGCUUACAAACUCGUUGUAAACGACGCGACGGUAUUUAGACUCGAAUUACCAUCAAAGCAACCACCGGGGGCAAGUAAUGUCGUUGUAAACACUAAACCUAGUAAUAAUAACAACGGGCUUCCGGAGUCAAAGUGUCCGGAAUUGUUGGCUAAUUACUGUGAUAUGUUACUUAGAAAAACUCCACAUAGUAAGAAACUAACGUCUGAUGAAAUUGAAAGUAAAUUACGUGAUGUGUUACUAGUGUUGAAGUACGUCCAAAAUAAAGACGUUUUCAUGCGUUAUCACAAAGCGCAUUUAACGCGUAGACUAAUUCUUGACACAUCCGCGGACUCGGAGAAAGAAGAAAAUAUGGUCGAGUGGUUGCGCGAAGUUGGAAUGCCGGCAGAUUAUGUCAAUAAAUUAGCGAGGAUGUUCCAGGAUAUAAAAGUAUCUCAAGAUCUCAAUCAACAGUUCAAAGAGCAGUGCCGCGCAGCAAUCGCUGACAGCAUAAAUAUUAAAAUAUUGAACGCCGGUGCCUGGGCGCGAGGUAGCGAACGGGUCACCGUUAGCUUGCCAUUACAAUUAGAAGACUAUAUACCCGAGGUUGAAGAGUUUUAUAAGAAAAAACACAAUGGGAGAAAACUUCAGUGGUACCAUCACAUGUCCAAUGGCACUCUGACAUUUUCAAAUGAAGUUGGGCGCUUUGAUGUUGACGUAACGACGUUUCAAAUGGCCGUCCUUUUUGCCUGGAACCAACGUCCACGUGAUAAAGUAUCUUAUGAAAAUCUUCAAUUAGCAACAGAGUUACCUGAUCCAGAAUUAAGACGUACUUUAUGGUCACUUUGUGCUUUUCCUAAACUUAAGAGACAAUUAGUGUUAGUUGAUCCACCGGCUUGUAGUCCGAAAGAUUUUUCUCAUAAUUCAAUAUUUUGGGUCAAUCAGGAAUUCGCUAUCAUAAAAAAUGGUAAACUUCAAAAGAGGGGAAGAAUAAAUUUAAUUGGAAGGCUACAAUUGUCUACAGAACGUAGUAAAGAAGAAGAUAAUCAAUGUAUUGUUCAACUUAGGAUAUUACGAGUUCAGGAAGCGAUUAUUAAAAUUUUAAAGAUGAGGAAAAAAAUAACAAAUGCGCAGUUGCAAACGGAAUUAGUUGACAUCUUAAAAAAUAUGUUUUUGCCGAGUAAAAAAAUGAUUAAAGAACAAAUUGAAUGGCUCAUCGAGCAUAAAUAUAUUAAGAGACACGACGACGAUAUCAAUACCUUUGUGUAUAUGACGUAA